AUGCCGCUUCCAACUCAACACAAAGCCUGUGAUCUUUGCUACACCAGGAAAAGACGAUGUUUGAUUCGUCCAGGCGCGGGCGCCUGCGUUCGCUGCCAGAAAUCUUCCGUUGCCUGCACCGCCUCGCGACAACAACCUCGGGCAGGUCGUCCGCCAAACCGAGAGCUCGUUGGGGUUACAAAGGGCUCGCUUGGCAUAUUUGAGCUUGCCUUCUCACGGCCACCGCGCCCAGUUACUCACUCACCGGACGAGGAUGGGUCUGCGCCUAACCUGCUGGCCAGGGUUGGCACCAUCCAUCAUGCAUUGCCUCCCCCAACAAGGUUGCCAAGCAACAUCGAUUCCCUGAGUGACAUCUAUAUGUUUGGCCCAACAUUCGCCCGAGACUUUCAUCGCGCCCUCGAGUACUGCUGCCAUAAGUCACCAGGGCUGUUGGAUGAAAUCUUCUGUGCCCUCGAAAGUUCCCUUGCAUGGGCGCGGCUGGCGCUGCUUCCUGUCGAGCACGUUGAUAUAAAGAGUGGCGCAAUCUCUGUGCGAAAACUGCAUAAUGUCCAAAUUACAAACACACAUGAUGCGCUCGGAUACCUCAUGCUUGGCCAGGCAUUAGCUGCCUUCAACUCGCUCAUCAUGCCAACAGGCACCGCAUCAAUCCUCCGGUGUACUCUCUCGAUGGUUCAUCCCUGGUACUCGGAGAUUGCCCGUGUACCGUUCUUUGACCCAAUUUCGAUCGCUCCCAUUUUCUGGGACAUCGCCUGGUGUUUGUUGCAUCGUGAAGUCCCUGUUAUCAAGCCCGUUCUGGGCCGGAAAGGGGUGGUUGAUCGGGUGGCGGGGAUCUGCACAUCCUUGCUGCCAACUCUCUACGACCUCUGCGUUUAUAGUUCUCAACUAAAGGAUUGUUCGGUACAUAAUGAAACCCUAGAUGAGAUCGAGCAGAAGGUCCGCGCCUGGAUACCCGAUGAGUCCGGUCUCGCCCUUGGGCAGUACAGCGCGCUCGAAGUUCUGUCAAUGCACACACAGGCCGCCAUGUACAAGACAGCAAGCUUGCUGCUCAUCCAUCGCCUUCGGUACCCUCUAGGUACAGAGGACCCAACCGCAACAGCUAUUGCAGAAGAGAUUCUAGAAGCAAGGUCCCAGUUCUCCGCUGCUGCGGGACCUUCAGCGAAACUACAACACACGGUAUUCCCGACCUUUCUCGCCUUGCUGGAGGUUCCAAACCCUGUUAUAACCGUGUGGGAGAACUCGACAUGUCUCCGUGCUCGGCCAGUCUGUAUGGACGGCCUAGUGGCCUUUCCUGCAUAUGUCUGUGAACAGCGGCGGGCCGGGUUCAACGGUUCGCUACUCGAUCUGGUCAAAACGGGCCCUGCAUUUCCCUCGUUUCCGUGA